AUGCGAGGGCAGCGUGUAGCAGAUUGUGUGCGUAGACCAUGUGGAGGCUGGACAGUGGUUGUCUGGCUGCUGUUGUCCCUGCUAGGUUCCCUGCUACUGGUGGGCAUCAGUGGGAUUCUGCAGAUCGUGCGUCUGGUGAACGGGCGUAACAGGUGUGAGGGGCGUGUGGAGGUUUGGCACAACGGGACAUGGGGCACAGUGUGUGAUGACGAUUGGGAUAUGGUAGAUGCCAACGUGGUGUGUCGGCAGUUGGACUGUGGUCUGGCCAUGGCGGUGGGCAGCAUCUCAGAGUAUGGCCAGGGCUCAGGGCCCGUCCUGCUGGACAAUGUAGACUGCAAAGGAGGGGAGACAGACCUGGGACAGUGUGGAAGUCUGGGCUGGGGCAUCCACAACUGUUACCACUAUGAGGACGUGUCUGUCGCAUGUAAAGGUAGGGCCCAUAGAGAUAUAUAUACAAAUCUAGUCUGUAACUGUUCUAAUUCCUUUUCUAUAGGAGAUGGUACGAUCCGGUUAGUUGGUGGACUGGACUACUGCCAGGGACGGGUGGAGGUCUACUACCGUGGCAGCUGGGGGACGGUGUGUGAUGACGACUGGGGUAUGAGAGACGCAGGGGUGGUGUGCCAGCAGAUAUACUGUGGCCAUGCCGUUUCCUCCACCACCAACGCCUAUUUUGGCUACGGGACAGGCCUGAUUCUACUGGACAACGUCAACUGUAAUGGCCACGAGAACCAGCUGAGUAAAUGCUACAGCCUGGGCUGGGGGAUACACAACUGUGGACAUCAUGAGGACGCCGGGGUUGUCUGUUCAGGCUCAGGAUCCACUACCGUUCCUCCUAUGAACACUGACACCAUGGGCAAGGGAUUCUUUCAGACUGCCAGCACUGCAGAGCGGACCACCAUCCGCGUGGUGAAUGGUAACAGCAGCUGCCAGGGCCGUGUGGAGGUGUUCCACAACAACCAGUGGGGCACGGUGUGUGACGAUGACUGGGAUCUGCCCAAUGCCCAGGUGGUGUGUAGGCAUCUGGGCUGUGGCCCUGCCAUCUCUGCCAAGGUCCUGGCCUACUUCGGCUACGGCUCGGGCCCCAUCCUGCUGGACAAUGUGGACUGUAGGGGCAGUGAAGGGGAGCUGGCGGCUUGUUUCCACCUGGGCUGGGGACAGCACAACUGUGGACAUCAUGAAGACGCUGGAGUCAUCUGUACACCCUUUCAGCUUGUGGGACCUGGAAAUGACUUCGGGAUGACAGAGAGAACGCCCACCACUAGACCACCAAGUGAAGGCCUGGCGAGGCUGGUGGGCGGGCAGCACCGCUGCGAGGGCCGGGUGGAGAUGUUCUCAGGGGCGGAAUGGGGUACGGUGUGCGACGAUGCUUGGGACAUGCCUGAUGCCCAGGUGGUGUGUCGCCAGCUGGGCUGUGGGGAGGCUGCUGCGGCCCGUGGGGAGGCCUUCUUUGGGCCUGGCAGCGGCACCAUCCUCCUGGACAAUCUGAAGUGCAGCGGCUCUGAGGCCUCGCUCCAGCAGUGCUCCCACAUAUCCUGGGAAGUGCACAACUGUGACCACUCUGAAGACGCCGGCGUCACCUGCUCACUGUCGUGA